UGAUGUUAUUAGCAGCCAACAGCAGACAACCACGCUUUCAAAGGCUACAGACGUCACCGUUGCUCUAAACUGGAUUUUAAAACAUCUAGACAAAAGGAUUUAUUUAUUGGAAACACACAGCUCUUUUUGGGGGACAGCUAAUGUCUAAAAUCGGCACCUGAAAUGUCAAAAGCUGCACUAUUAUCACUUCAACAAGCGCUAAGGAAAAGCUUUCAGACUCUGGAAAGCAACCAGAAAGUAUGGAAGAGUGUGCUGUCCGAGUGCAGCCCCCUCAUGGACUCUCUCGGGAACUUGGCAGAGCAGUGGAAAGCAUUGUCCAACAUCCAGCUCUCCAACACACCUCUCAAAGACUUCCCAGACCUGGAGGAGAAGCUGCGUUUCAAACUUUUACUAGCCACGGAUACAGUGCUGGGGAAACUCAAUGAGAAGCUGUCUACUCUCCAGUCUGUCAGAGACGCCAUCAGUAACCAGGUCUAUUCAGUCCUCCAGCUGUACGAACAGAACACAGACAGUCUGGAUCUGCUCACUUUAACCGAGCGCUCGGCAACCGCCCCGUCAAUCUCUGACAUGCUGGAGUGGCUGCAGGAUGCUGAGCGUUACUAUCGGCAACAAUUUCUGAAAAAGAAGACUCUGCUACAAACGGUCCGAUCGGACAACCUCUCCCUGCUGGAAUCUACUCCUGAGAAAUGGAAAUCAUUGGAGUCUCCCAGUGCAGAUAACCACAUCACAGAUACACUUUGCAAAGUGUCCUUCUUUAUGGAGUCCCAGUGAACAGAGUGGAACUCUCUCCUGCUUGUGGAUAUGAAGUAAUUUAUUUGAAGAGGCUCAAAGAGAAAAGUGGGAUCAUUUUAAGAACUUCAGAUGGAUGUAUUUGCUGUGGAUAUUAUGAUGAGGACUGGAUUUUCUUUUCACAGCCCAGCCAGGUAAAAUAACAUUAGACUGCAUCUGCGUUUACUGGACUGUAAUUCAAAAUGAAGAUGGGACUUGCUGCCUAUCAGGAAGAGAAGAACAUUGUGGCAUCAUUUCAUACUUGAAUGCUCUUACAUUAAAAAUCACUGUUGUCUGUGAUGGUCAAACUGGUCCUAUCCAAAUGUGUUUUUGAGAAGAAAACAGCACACACACACAAGCAUAGAUAGAAACGUUAUCGGUGGAACACAGUUUAACAAACUUGUUUUAUUUCACAAUUUUGAUUUAUGCAAACUCAGUCAAAGCUUUAUGUGACAGAUCGGGAGGUAAUGACAUUGUCAGAGAAUAACUGGUUGAGAAAUCACUGCAAUCAUCACCACACAAGCCAUCAUUAAAGCCAUUGUAACAGUCAUACUUUUUCAUGAAGUCUUUUGGUUGAUUUGACUAUAAAGGCAACAGGCUUUCUUCAGGCACUACUAUAAAUCACAUUGGGGCAAAAGUCAAAUUUCAACCAAACCUGAAUGUUAUAAGUACUGAAGACAAGUUUAACAUUACAAAGAGA